CUAAAAAUGAAACUGGCAAUUAAGUGUGUGUUGCAGCGGCAACUGUUGCUAAUGUUGCUACAACUGAGCUGCAUAUGCAGCCAGAACAGUAGCCUGCGUGUGAAUACAUACCUCAAGGACGUGAAUGCAACAGCAAUGGCUCUGCCCUCGACACAGGGCUUUGGCAAUAUCUGUACACGCGAGGAGCCCUAUGUGGAGGUGGUGCAGGUGCCCGAGGUGCAGCCGGUCCGAGUGCGCACGUCCAGCUGGUGCCUGGAGAUACCACCGCGCUGCUCCUCAUUCCAGACGGAAAUGCGCGAGGUGAUGCGGGUGCAGCGACUGAAUAAAACGCGCACAGUUCGCUUUUGCUGUCAAGGCUAUGAGGGCAAUCUCUCCGACAGCCAUGCCAGCUGCAAGCCCAUUUGCCGCGGCGGCUGUGGGCGUGGCAACUGUCUAAUGCCAGAUAUAUGCGGCUGCGAGGAGGGUUACACUGGCAAACACUGCACACAGCGCUGUGAUCAUGAUCGCUGGGGAUUGGACUGCAAAAAUCCGUGCAAGUGUCGCAAUGAUGCCGUUUGCGACAAUAAGACGGGUGUCUGUCACUGCAUCGCUGGAUGGUCGGGUCAAUUCUGCGAGCAGCCCUGUCCGAGGGGCACACAUGGCGUUAUGUGUCGCAAGGCCUGCGAAUGUCCUGAGAAACGCUGUCAUCCGCAGUCGGGUGAGUGUGUUGGUCCGGAUCAGACUGGCGCCGUUAAUGUCAGCCAUGUCGUGCUGGAGACCAUCAAUUCGACAAUGGCAAAUCUAACGCACAAUAUCAAUAAUAUUGCCAAGCGCAUUGGCAGCAUGUCCGAGGAAAGUCAUGUGCAGGUGACGCCCAGUCCACUGCCCGAGGUCAUACUGAUUAAGGAGUCCUCGCAUACGCCGAAGAUCAUUUUGCACGAGUCAAGCAAUGCCUUGUUGGAGAAUCUACAAUCGGCCGCAGUUGCAGGCGUGCCAGCUCCAGAGGUUAUCCACGUCAUCACGAAUGCCGGUGGCAGUGUGCAGCAGGAGCAUUCACCACAGCUAAAUCUGGCGGGAUUCGCUGCUGGCGAGAGCAAUCCCAGUCACAGCUCCCACGAACACGAUACCAGCUUGCUGAGCACACUGAUCAUUAUGCUGCUAAUACUCAUGAUUGCCAUAACGCUGGGCUUCCUCUAUGUCUAUAGGCGCUUUCAUGUCCACAAGGAGGCCGUAAUCUUUAACGCCAAUGGCACGAUCGGCACUCACGGACAUUCCAAUCCUGAAGUUGUGAUCAGUGAGUCUGGUGUGAUGGGUAAAAUCUUCCACAGUCCGCUGCCAAAGCCACCAACUAUAUUGCCGUCAAAUCAGUCCCAAACGAACGAGGGGUCUUUGCCGGAACUGUAUGAUACGCCAAGUAACAACUCUUCGAUUACAACGCCGCCCUACGCCUAUGCCAGAAAGGAAUCACUGUAUUCUGUCAUUACGCCCAAAUCACGCAAGGGCAGCCUUGAUUCGCAUCUGUAUGACGAGAUACGCUAUCAUCAGCAACAACAGCUGCAGCACAACCACCCUCAACACCACCACCACCAUCAUCAUCAUCAGCAGCAGCAGCAGCAACAGGACCGUCAACCACAGCAACCGCAAACCUCGCAGCUCCGAUAUCCGCAUUCAACCACAGCAACUGCUUUUCUUCCGGCACCGCCAACCAUCCAGCCGCAACAGAAUAAUAGUCAUUCAACCCACCAUCACCAUCAGCAACACCACCACACUUCUGGUGGCUCACAUAUUUCGCACUUGAUUAUACCGCCGCAGAACUCAAACUUCUUGCAGGUGCCCAAUCAGAUUACAACGCGCAGGAUAGCUCAUUUGUGAAUUUCACAACGACAAAUCUUCCUCAAAAAUGAAUUAUAUCAAAAUUCAAAUCAUUUCAGAUCUUAUCCGAAAAUCUUCGAAUUUUAAAAACUCAUCAAAAUAUUGAGCACCAAAAAUAUGAUUGCCAUAUAAUCUGUAUCUUUGCAUA